AUGACCAGAGCCAAGCCGAAAAUAGCCCGCGCCCGUGGUGCAGCUCCAAGCGCGCUGAAGAUAGAUAGAAAUAUCAUCUUCCUGCUCUCGGUUAUUGAACUGUCGCCUUUGGAACUCGACUUCAGGGCCAUGGCCCAUGUCAACUCCACAACCCCACAACAGGAGAAGCUCAAAUUCGAGGCGCUGAAAAUGAAAAUCAAAUCGGCAAUGAACACCACCAAACCUGGAUGGGUUCCCGGACGUGGAUCGAGGACACCUGUGGAUGAGACGUACAUCCAACUGUUUAUGGCCAUCGAUCUGGCAAAAAACAAACCUAACUUUCGCAACAUUGCGGCUGCCAAGUUCGAAACAGUGGGGGCAGCCAACACGCGAUACUACCACCAAAAGAAGGCCAUUCUCAAGGCCAUGGAAGAUGGCAAGGACGAUAAUGAGCAAUCUAUCCCCUUUGCCAGGAAGUAA